CCUCUAGUCCCUUUAUGCGAUACGCGUCUGGUGUAGCUGUCAAUAGACCGGUUUUGUCUUGUAUUUCGGUUAUUUAAAUUUGAUGUGACUGUUGGGAGAUUUUAGCUGAUCCACGGAAAUGGGGGAACAAUCAGGGAAGGGGAGAAGCAACAAUAACAGGUUCAAAAUUCUCGUGGCCACUGACUGCCAUUUGGGUUAUGAAACUAAAUCCAAGAGAGCACAAGAUUCAGACAGUAUUAUCACAUUCGAGGAGAUCUUGAAAACAGCUAAGGAUAAGGAUGUCGAUUUUGUACUUCUGGCUGGAGAUUUAUUUCACGAUGCUAAGCCCUCGCAACGUAUCGUCCUCGAGAGUUUAAAUCUGUUGAGGAAGUACUGCACAGGAAAGAGAACGAUACCAUUCGAGUUGCUCAGUAAUCCGGAAGAUAUCUUCCCCAAUAAAAUUGUGAAUUAUGAGGACGAGAAUUUGAACAUCAGCAUUCCCGUAUUUUCUAUUCAUGGAAAUCAUGAUAAUCCAAGUUUCGAGUCGACGGGGACCCUGGAUCUACUGAUGGCAUCGGGACUUGUGAACUACUUCGGAAAGUGGAGUAAUUUACAAGAAAUCAAAGUAAUUCCAAUGAUAUUUCAGAAAGGGGAAACUCUAAUAGCUAUUUAUGGUCUCGGUAACCUCACGGAGCAGAGACUGUCCAGACUCCUUCGUGAAGGAAAGGUGCAUUUCCUCCGACCCUCAAACAUCGGCAACUGCUUCAACAUCCUAGUCCUCCACCAGAACCGUGCAAAACACGCAGAGAACGAGUACAUCGAGGAGAAUCGUUUUCCCUCCUGGUUCGACCUGAUAAUCUGGGGCCACGAGCACGAGUGCAGAAUAUCCCCCGAAGAAAUACAGUGCCGAGAAGGGGGUAGUUACGACAUCUGCCAGCCAGGGAGUUCUGUAGCCACAUCCCUCAGCGAGGGUGAGUCCGUGCCCAAGCACAUUGGCCUCCUCUUCAUCGAGAACGAUACCUAUAGAAUAAACGCAAUCAAGCUAAAGACAGUGAGGCCCUUCGUCUUCAGGGACAUCUUCCUCUCUGAGAUAAUCGAGAAAGGGUACUGUGACUUCUCAAAUGAAGGGAUCAUCGAGUACAUCGACGACUACAUACAGAACACAGCCAUCCCUGCAGGCAAGAAGAUGUUGUCAGGGCACGAGGACCAGCCGAAAAUACCUCUAAUUCGCCUGCGGAUUUUUUACACUCAGGACAAUCAGAUUGUCGACGUUUCCCAGCUCUCCCACAAGUACAGUGACCUCGUCUCCAACUGCAACGACAUGAUAAUUUGCAAGAGGCAUCGAAAGGGUCAGCCGAAAAAAACGAAGAAUGACCACUUCGAUGACCUCACAGAGGACAUUGCAGAGUGCUUCAAGCACAAUUCAGAUGAUCCUCAGGAGUGGACGAGGACUGUGCAGAGUGGGAUCAACAAGUACUUCGAGAAGCACGAGUCCAAGCUCAAGGUGAUAUCCUUAGCUGGGAUCAACGAGGCUGUCGAUCGAUUUGUCAGCGCUGGGGACGAAGACGCCUUUGCGCAGGUAAUGGAGCAUCAGAUCAGGAAGAGCAUCGAUUAUCUGAUGGCUAAGGACUUUGAGGUGAAUGAAGAAACUGUUAUUGAGGAGCUGCAGAAGUAUCGACAGGAGAGACGAGCGGCAGCUGGGGAGGACGAGGAGCUGAGGGAGGUCCAGGAGAUGCUUAAUGAUCCUGUCCAGAGGAAUCUGUUGAAGGCGAAGGCGCCCAAGGCGGUGGACGCCAGUCCUGAUGGCGGUGAAGGCACUGGAACUGGGAGGGGACGGGGAAGGGGACGAGGACGAGGUCGGGGGACUGCUUCUGAGACCACUAGGACUACUGCUGCUCGAGGGACGAGGAGCAGGGGGAGGGGCAGGGGAAAGGCUGCACUGGAUGUCAGCAUUGUUCGUGAUCCCAGUCCUGGCAGGAGAGCUGAUGAUUCGGAUGACGAUACAACAGCAUUCAAGCGUUUUGCCACCCCUUUGAGUCAACGAGCCAAUUCCACUACUCAAGUGUCAAAAAGCCAGAAGUCAGUGUAUUACGCUAGCUCUGAUUCUGAGUAAACAUCGUCCGCCUCAUUCCAUUCGUAUUAUUAUUUUCGUUUAAAGUUCCGAAUAUUAUCGAUAAUUGUCUUGUCACGUUGAAACAGUUAAGAAAAAUUACAAGAGAUGAACGUCGAAUUUGUAAUAUUCUGCCACAGUAUUUUUUAUAAUAAAAAUCUAAGAGUUUGAAUGCAAA